UUAUGACGGGCCCGGUGCUGAAGGGCAGGGAACAACUGAUGGUGCUACUUUGAACUGCUUUUCUUUUCUCCUUUUUGCACAAAGAGUCUCAUGUCUGAUAUUUAGACAUGAUGAGCUUUGUGCAAAAGGGGACCUGGUUACUUCUCGCUCUGCUUCAUCCCACUGUUAUUUUGGCACAACAGGAAGCUGUUGAAGGAGGGUGCUCCCAUCUUGGUCAGUCCUAUGCGGAUAGAGAUGUCUGGAAACCAGAACCAUGCCAAAUAUGCGUCUGUGACUCAGGAUCUGUUCUCUGCGAUGACAUAAUAUGUGAUGAUCAAGAAUUAGACUGCCCUAACCCAGAAAUCCCAUUUGGAGAAUGUUGUGCAGUUUGCCCACAGCCUCCAACUGCUCCUACUCGCCCUCCUAAUGGUCAAGGACCUCAAGGCCCCAAGGGAGAUCCAGGCCCUCCUGGUAUUCCUGGGAGAAAUGGUGACCCCGGUAUUCCAGGACAACCAGGUUCCCCUGGUUCUCCUGGCCCCCCUGGAAUCUGUGAAUCAUGCCCUACUGGUCCUCAGAACUAUUCUCCCCAGUUUGAUUCAUAUGAUGUCAAGGCUGGAACAGGAAUAGGAGGACUCGCUGGCUAUCCUGGACCAGCUGGCCCCCCAGGCCCCCCUGGUCCCCCUGGCACAGUUGGUCAUCCUGGCUCCCCUGGUUCCCCAGGAUACCAAGGUCCCCCUGGUGAACCUGGGCAAGCUGGUCCUUCAGGCCCUCCAGGACCUCCUGGUGCUAUAGGUCCAUCUGGUCCUGCCGGAAAAGAUGGAGAGUCAGGAAGACCCGGGCGACCUGGAGAGAGAGGACUGCCUGGACCUCCAGGUAUCAAAGGUCCAGCUGGCAUGCCUGGCUUCCCUGGUAUGAAAGGACACAGAGGCUUUGAUGGACGAAAUGGAGAAAAGGGUGAAACAGGUGCUCCUGGAUUAAAGGUUUCAUAA